AUGUCAGCGGAAGGCGCGUUCAAAAAAUUAAAACCGGAGCCAGGCGGGAGCAGCACGGGUGCAUCAGGAGGUUCUUCCGCGCUGUCACCGUCCCUGGGCCCCCAGCACGCGGGGCACACGCCAACAACAGCCUCGUGCCCCACGCCUGCUCGCCGGAGGCAUAGGACGACCUUCACGCAGUAUGGCGAAUCUAUGCCCAACAGUGGGCAGUCAACUGUGGGGCGCAGACGGCGUAGGAUCACAAUAUCGCAGGAACAACUAGCAGAAUUAGAGGCGGCGUUCGCGAAGUCCCACUACCCCGACAUCUACUGCCGCGAGGAGCUGGCCAGGACCACCAAGCUGAAUGAAGCGAGGAUACAGGUGUGGUUUCAAAACCGGCGAGCCAAAUACCGCAAGCAGGAGAAGCAACUACAAAAGGCACUGGCGCCCGCGGUUCUACCGGGCUGUAAUGGCAUGAUGCGAAACAUCCAGGGUUACAGGGGUUACCAGCCCUAUCCGCAUCCCAACACCAUCAACCGAUACCCACAGCACCACGGCAGCUACGAGGAACUGCAGAAGGACAUCUUCUCGCUGUCGCAGAUGGGCGGCGGCUCGUACCCCAUGCCACAGGGCUUUUCCAUGGGCCACGGCGCCAACAUGAGCGCCGUCGGCAUGCGGCAGGACACCAUGAGCAUGAGCGCAGAGGACGAGUGGUACAACAAGUCGCUAUCCGCACUACGGAUGAACAGCGGGCACCACGCCAACCUGGCGGCCGCGCCCAUGCUGCAGUACCAGACCUAA